UCUCUCUCUGUUUCUCUCUCUCUCUCCCAUUCGCCGCCGAGAGAACGUAAUUGUCGGAUUCUUAUCUCGUUCGUUCUCCGGCGAUUCAUUCGAGAACUCGAAAGCAUCCUCGACGGUUUCUCUCUGUAGUACGUGUCCGUUUGAUAUAACCGUAUCAUAAGGUGAUCACAAUGAUUGGAUCGCUUCUGACAAGAGUGCUUUUAAUGGUGUUUGGAUAUGUAUAUCCUGCUUAUGAGUGCUUCAAAACGGUCGAACAGAACAAACCUGAGAUUCAACAGCUCCAAUUCUGGUGCCAAUACUGGAUUCUUGUUGCUGCUUUGACAGUUUUUGAAAGAGUUGGUGAUGCUCUGAUUUCAUGGUUACCAAUGUAUAGCGAGGCGAAGUUGGCAUUCUUCAUUUAUCUCUGGCUUCCAAAUACCAAAGGAACUACAUAUGUUUACGACUCUUUCUUCAAGCCGUAUGUCUCAAAGCAUGAAAAUGAAAUUGACCGCAACUUGGUUGAGCUAAAGACUAGAGCUGGAGAUGUGGCAAUGAUUUAUAUGCAAAAAGCAAUCAACCAUGGCCAGACACGAUUCUUUGAGAUCUUACAGUAUAUAACAGAACAAUCAACACCGAAACCUCAGUCUAAGGAAAAGAAGGAGACAACAACAGCUGAACUUGACCAUGCAAAAGUUAACGACGACGCAAAAAAAGCGGCUAACUGAGAUACGAAGAAACGGUAAAAGGCUAACUCGUCUAAGAUCAUCUUCGUUGAUUCAACUUUCAUUCUUUUAUUAGUCUCACUGCUUGGUAUAAAACAAAAUCUUAUAUGGUUGGUUUCAGUUUCAUGAUGUAAAUCGCUUUCGGAAAAUAAUAAUAAUAAAGUAGCUUUUCCUGGUGUGACUUUAGAAACAGAAACAGAAACAGAAUGAACCUUCAUU